GGUCAUAGAGCUACUUGCUCAUUAGCAGGCUAGGCGGCUUACCUUAUUGGCCGGCGGAUGCGGUCACAAUAAUCAUCUCUCUGACAUUUCCCUUCGUGGUGGGGAUGGAGAAGAUGACGACGAUCUUGAAUUCCUAUCUUUAACCUCUCUUGCCUUUCCUUUCCGAUAGCAAUGAUAAAGGCAAUUAAUACGACGACGUCUAGGGUCCUUUUUUCUGACAUCUCUGGAAACUUCUCUGAUGAAGAAGAUGAUGAUGAUGACCGCCAUGGUGCCUGGGGUACCCUUGAACCCCCAUAUCUUUCUCUUCGCUUGUCUAUAAUAAAAUGGAAGAGUAUAUCUACAACUGGCAUCGCGAACUUACAAAUUUUAUCUCUCUUGUCUUUCCCUCUCGGAAAUGAGGAUAUAGAAGAGGAUAAAUCCCGAUAAAAGUUUCGGAACCGCGAUAUAAUAACCAAUAACGGUGACUACCAGCGUAGCGGGUCACUUGCGGGAAAUGAAAGGGGACUUGGUGAAGGAGUGUACACUCUUGUCUGUUCAACCUUCGCCCCGGAUCAACUUGGACGGUUCACACUCUGAUGUCUCCGACCUUCCUUCAUCACGGAAAAUGAAGGAGAAGAAUAGGAGGAAGACAUCUAUGCCGGCGCCUGGUGCUUCAUUCUCGAUAUCUCUCCGCCUUAUUUUUAUAAUGGCGAUGGUGAAGAGGAAUGAAAAAGAAGAAGAAGAAGAAGAAGAUGAAGAUGAGGAAGAUAUAUCUGUCGACGCCUGGUAUUUCACACCAAUAUCUCUCAGCCUUAUUCUUUCAAUGGCGAAGAUGACGGAUACUACCAUGCCUUCGCUCGAUCAUGAUUAUAAGAACGGCAAGAACGGCAAGAACGGCAGUGACCUAUUCGAUAUUGCCCGUGGCUUACUUUCUAUAUCCUUCGUCUUCUCUUUCUAUGGGGACGACGACGACGAAGAUGAUGAUGAUCACGAUGGCGUCAGGGCUUUUAUAUUCGACAUAACUUGUCUUUCUUUCCCUGAUGAAGAAGAAGAAGAAGAAGAGGAGGAGGAGGAGGAGGAAAGUCUCUUAUCGACGGUGCCUGGGCCUUUAUUAAUCUCCAGUACCUAUAUCGAAGAUGAAGACAAAAAAGAUGAUGACCACGGCAGCUGUCCGGGUUUACAUUCAUUCUCCAUCUAUAUUCCUAGUCUCUCUUCCAAGAACAAGGACAAAGAACAAGAAAAAGGGGCGACGAUGGCAUGCGGCAUUACAUUCAUCACUCUCGACAAUCGUUCUCUUCCCAUGAACUACACAAGGAAGACGAAGGUGACUAUGCUCCCGUCUGGAAUUUUAGGUUUCUAUACCUCUGUCUUUUCCCAAUUGAACAAGGGGCAGAUAAAGACAAUGACGAUUUCGGGUCUAACUAUUAUCUCUCUCUGGCCUAUUCUUCGACAUCGAAUCCUUUCACAAUAUAUACACAAAGGUGUCCCGAGGGGAUUAUACUUACUUACUAUCGACAUUCUGCGAUAUUCCAUUUGAUACUAAUGAGGAUGAAGAUGAGGAUGACUGGGCUUCUUGUGGCCCAAAGAUGGACUGGUCUUGGCCCCCUUGUGAUAUAUAUCGAAGAGGAAAAAAUGCGCUCUUGAGCUAUCGAGUUUAAGAUCAGUCACCGUCGCGUCAUACUAAUCAAUCUACUGGCACUAUGCCUCUUCUCUCCCUCUGGUGCAGUUAUGGGUCUCUUAUGAAGGAUGGCAGUAAUUCAGUCGAUGGCAU